AUGGCCGUAGAUGGUUUGUUUCUGUUUGAUUUACUUGGCUGUUAUGGAAUCAAGAAAGAAGAUUAUUUAUACGCAAGAUUUUUGAGUCAUGUGAUGGAUUAUUCUGGGAGGAGAUUGGCCCAAGAUAGGACACUGAGAGAAGUUAUGAUGCUUGAGAAUCAAAUUCCUUUCUCUGUGUUGAGGACUAUCUUGUUUAUAGAAUCGUCAAAAUUUGAAAUGGUGAGUGAGGUUUUGCCAAAAGUCUUGGUGGGUUUUUGCCAAUAUGUCUCACCAUUUGAUAUAGUGGCUGAUUACCCAUCUUACAAGACUCUAAACCAUGCCCAUUUGUUGGAUCUUCUUUACCAUUUGAUCAUGCUCAAUGCCUCUCCUGGAAAUAAUCUUAGAGAAGAAAAGAAGGAGCUUCAGUCGUUGAUAGAACUGUUUGAGAAAGUGAAUAAAAUCCAAGCUCCAAAAACUGACAUCAGCAUCAGUACAGAAGAAGAAAAUAAAAACCAAACUCUAUGGGCAAUGCCAGGGGAGUCUGCAUGUGAACUGUUAAUGCCUUCUGUAUCUUCAAUUGCAAUAUCUAGCAAACUUGCCGAACAGAGCUUCGACAUGUUACAAAAUCUAGUGCCACUACCACUUCGAAAGCCUAUUGCACUUGCACAAGGUUUAUGGCAGCUUCCAUGGUCAGAACUUGAGUCGAGUGUAUCUUCUGAUGCAACCAAAGAACUCGUAGAAGACGAAACCUUCAUUCCAAGAGCCUCGAAGCUGCAUAAAGCCGGAGUAAAAUUUGUAUUAGCUCACAUUAAAAGAAUCAAAUUUGACUCAAAAAGCGUCUCCUUUCACCUACCCUCAAUCAAACUAAGUGGAAAUUCAGAGGUUAUUAUCAAGAACUUGGCUGCAUACGAGGCUUUGAGGUAUUCUGAGACAGAACCGUUGGUUCUAACAAAGUAUGUGGAAAUUAUGAGUCAUCUAAUAAGGACGUGUGAAGAUGUUAAAGUGCUCAAGGAUGAUGGGAUUAUAAAAAUGGAUCAGUUCAUCAGUGAGAAACAAGUGGCGAAAGUGCUCAGUGGGAUGACUAAGUCCAUACAGUCAACGAAUACCGAGAGCAUAAACAAAGAUAUUGAAGGCGUGAAGAGUUACUACAAUGGUUUACGGAAGGUAUCAGCUAGGAGAUUCAUCAAAAAGGGGCGGUGGAUUGCCGGGCAAUGGUGCAAAGUCUUGGCUGUUGUGUUGUUGCUAUUGCUGACAGUGUUUCAAGCAUUUUGCUCAGUCUAUGAAUGUAGUCGUCUGUCAUUUGACAGCAGCUACUCUCAGCUAUCGCAGCAAGGCUUGGGAGUAGUUUCCAUGAGGUCUUCUGAGUAG